UUUUAAAGACGGUGGACAAAAAGGACCAGAAGGAAGCAGAGAGAUAAUAAAUGUGUCCAUCUCCCAAAAGCAUGCACAUGAACCAAAUCCACAAUCCCUUUCUAGCUACCCUCCUCAUCUCCCUCCCUCCCUCCCUCGCUGCGCUUCAAUUAUUUCUCUGAUUUCUACUUCCACACAGCCACAGAUGCGGACCAUCAUGGUGAGAAGUCCCCACGAGUCUUCCUCCUCCUCCUCCUCCUUCUCCAAGAGGCACUUCGGCCAGUGGAUGAUCGGCAGGGCAUCCGAAGACAAGAAAAAGAAGAAAGAGGAAGGCAAGGUGGCCGCCGAGGAGAUAGUCGCCUUCUCGACUACUUGCGAUGACGACGACGAAGCUGACGUUGCGCCGCCCGUGAAAGCAGGGGCGCGCAAGAAGAGAUCCUCCUCCUCUGCGGUGGCGGCGGUCGCGGUUCGCGUCUCGAGGUUCCGCACGGCGCUGGCCACGGCGGUCGCAGGGAGGAACCGACCGGUGGGGUUCGGGCCCCGCGUGACGGGCACCCUCUUCGGCUGCCGACGCGGCCACGUCCACCUCGCGUUCCAGGCCGACCCGCGCGCGUGCCCUGCGGUGCUCAUCGAGCUGGCGACCCCGACGAGCGCGCUGGUGAGGGAGAUGGCGUCGGGGCUGGUGCGCAUCGCCCUCGAGUGCGACCGCCGGGGCUCCGCGGGCGCCUCCGCUAAGAAGCUGGUGGAGGAGCCUCUGUGGCGCGCCUACUGCAACGGGAGGAAGUGCGGGUACGCGGUGCGGCGCGAGUGCGGGCCGGCGGACUGGCGCGUGCUGCGCGCCGUGGAGCCGGUGUCGACCGGCGCCGGCGUGCUUCCUGCGGGAGGCGGCGGCGGCGGCGACGCAGGGGAGACGAUGUACCUGAGGGCGCGGUUCGAGCGAGUCGUCGGAUCCAGGGACUCCGAAGCCUUCUACAUGAUGAAUCCCGACGUCAACAAUGGCGGACCGGAGCUGAGCAUCUACUUGCUCAGAGUCUGAGACUUUGUCCUUGUCCUGUCCAGUCCAGUACUGCUUCUCCUCCCUAAUCAACUUAAUUAAUUAGCUGGUUCUUUAUCUGGGCCUGCUAAUUAAUUUCUCAUUCGGUUUUCUCCACGAUCGUAAUCUCCCCUUAAUCAUCUUGUACUGCAUAAUUGUAAUUAAUUAAGUUGUUUAACUCGAAGCCACUUCGACUAAGUAA